UGACAAGGCAGUGGCAGCAGGAAGAGACAUAUAUAUUCCAGGUCUCAAGAUCAGCCAUACACAGGCUCAUAUUCUUCCUCCCCACUUCUUCCUACAGAAACACAAGACUUUAAGGUCACCAUGCAUCUGUUUGCUGAAGCAACUACGAAUUUCACACUUGAGCUGUACCGGCAGCUCAGAGAAACAGAGGACAACAUCUUCUACUCCCCGGUCAGUAUCAUGACAGCAUUAGCAAUGCUCCAGCUCGGAGCCAAAGGAAACACUAGACAACAAAUCGAGAAGGUUCUUCAAUUCAGUGGAGCCACAAAGAAGACAACAGAAAAAUCUGCAGACUGUCAUGAUGAAAAGUCUGAAAAUCUCCAUCACCAAUUUCAAAAGCUUAUGACUCAACUAAACAAAUGCAAUGAUGCUUAUGAUCUGAAGGCAGCCAACAGUAUCUAUGGAGCAAAGGAUUUCCCAUUUCUCCAGGAAUUUUUGGAAGACAUUAAGAAAUUUUACCAUGCCAAUGUGGAAUCACUUGACUUUGCACAUGCUGCAGACGAAAGCCAAAAGAAGAUUAAUUCUUGGGUGGAAAGCCAAACAAAUGGAAAAAUCAAAGACUUAUUUCCUGAUGGGAGCCUGGGCAGGGGCACUAUACUAGUUCUGGUGAAUGCAGUGUAUUUCAAAGGACAAUGGGAUCACAAAUUUGAUGAAAAGCAUACUGGAGAAGAAAACUUUUGGCUGAACAAGAAUACUAGUAAACCUGUCCAGAUGAUGAAACAGAGAAGCAUGUUUAACUUUAACUUGCUGGAGCAUGUGCAGGCCAAGAUUGUGGAAAUACCAUACAAAAGCAAAGAGUUAAGCAUGUUUAUUCUACUACCAGAUGAAAUCGAGGGUCUGAAGAAGCUUGAAGAUAAGCUCACUGCUGAUAAGUUAAUAGAGUGGACAAGCCCACAGAAUAUGGACAUGAUAGAGUUGUACUUAUCCUUACCACGAUUCAGAGUGGAGCAGAAGUAUGACCUCCCAGAUCCAUUGGAGCACAUGGGGAUGGUGGAUGCCUUCAACACACAGAAAGCCGACUUCUCGGGCAUGAGCAGCAGGGAAGGCCUCGUGGUGUCUAAAGUUUUACACAAGUCCUUUGUGGAGGUGACUGAAGAGGGGACAGAAGCUGCAGCUGCCACAGGGGUAGAAGUUGCUCUAACAUCAGCAUUAAUAAGUGAAGAUUUCUCUUGUGAUCACCCUUUCCUAUUCUUCAUCAAGCACAACAAGACCAACAGCAUCCUCUUCUUCGGCAGGAUGUCUUCCCCUUAGGUGCUGUCAACUCUGCUGUGCUUCCGGGGAAGUUAGCAGAGGAGCUGGAGUCCAUGGAGGCCUGGAAACAACAGUUUGGCUUCGUUUCUCGUUGCCAUCUCAGAAUCAUCACUAAGAGUGCAGUGCUUAAAGCAGAACAUCUCUAUUUUUUGCUUCUUAUAUAUCCAUAUAAACCUGAUUUCUCCAUAUAAACAUUCUCUGGGAAAAACGUUCAAUGAAAAGAUGAGAGGGUAUUGUAAUACAGUUUCUUUUACUCUAACAGAGUUUGUGACCUGUUUUAAAUGAGCUAAAGCAAAUCAUACAUUCUCUUUAAACUGAUGAAUAUAAACACCUACACAUCUUUGACUUUAGGAGAUAUCUGGGGCUCUUCAUAUGCUUCUAAUUUUUGUGAUUUUAUAAAAUACAUUAGCAAUAAAAUAAUGAUUUUUUUCAA